AUGUCGAAGCUCUCCUUCGACCCCGCCGUCGCCGAAUUCAACGUCUCCUACGAGGCCUGGCUCGCCGCCCACGACAAGGACUUUGCCGGCGUCCACGCCAGUGCCGGCGUCUGGGACACCGGCGCAUCCCCCGCGCGCAUCCUGCUCGUCCAGCGCGCCGCGACCGACAGCAUGCCCUACAAGUGGGAGCUCCCCGGCGGCGCCGUCGACCCGCCCCCCACGGACGCGACCAUCCUCGACGGCUGCGCCCGCGAGCUCCGCGAGGAGACGGGCCUGGUGGCGCGGCGCGUGACGCGGCGCAUCACCGAGGGCCCCGACGGCGCGCCGCUGACGGUUUUUACAAACUCGCGCGGGACCAGGAUCUUCUGCAAAUUCGCGUUCGAGGUCGAGGUCGAGGACCUGCACGCCAUUGUGCUGGACCCCAAGGAACAUCAAGCAUGGGUGUGGGCGUCGGAGGCCGAAGUCGUGGCGGGAAAGAUGGGGGAUCGGGAUGGCGCUGCUGGGUUUGACUUUGAGCUGACGGCGCCGCACAUACGGAGAAUCAUAAUGGAGGCAUUUCGAUUGAAGAAAGACGACAACCCUCAGUAG